AUUUAGAAAGCGAUUUCCUCGGCAGCGUGUAAGAAAGCGAGACAAAUGAAUCCGUUGGUUUAGGCCCAAAUGACGGCGACCGAUACCGCCGUCUCUUUUGACCAAAUCGGCGGCGGCCAGUCACUAAUCAACGGCCGGCGUUUCUUUACACCAUUUCACUGAACAUCAAAUCAACGGCCUCUCUUCUCCGGCCGCCCCUCUUCCAAACCAUUAAAUAUAAUUUUUGAACACAGAACACGAAAGCAGAAAAAUCAGUAGCAGAAGCAGCAAGCAAAGUAGCAAAUAACACUUCAUAUUCAAUUACUUCACGUUCUCCAACCAUCUUCUAGAGCCCGUAGAAGCCACGUAGCUCCUCGGUAAUCGAAUCGAUUUUCGUUAUUUGUUUCGAUCCUGAGAAACCACGUGAAUCCCAGAAAAGAAUUUCAAAUGGGUCUGAAUCGCGAUUCUUAAAAUUACCCUUCGAAACGCAUUUCGUGAGUUCAAUUUUUUGAAGGGUGUUUUCCAUCCUGGUCUGGGGUUUUAAAAUAUCUGCAAGGUUUGAUUAUGGUCAUUAGAAGUCAUCAAAGUAUCAAUCGCACAGUUUUUCAAAAUGGGUCAAGAACUCUUUUCGAUAUCUCGAAUCGAUACAAAAAGAGUGCUGUGGCUGAUGGGGCUGAUGUUUGCCAUGAUUUUGGCUUUUCAAUACUUUGAACUUCCAUAUGGGUUUUCUCUGUCUUCUUUACUUUCUGCUGGUAAGGUUUCGGUCAUAGGAGAAGGAAGCUCUCAUUCCCCUGUCAGUGAUCCAAAAUCGAAGACUGAGAUCGUUGCCGAUACCCCACUUGAAGAACAGAGAGAGGAUGAAUUUGUACCAGAAGAAGAUCAUACCUUGAAAGAGUCAUUAGAAUUAGACAUGGAUAAUGAUGCUAAUAAGUCUUCCUCAUCUGGGGAUUCGAUGGAGCCUGUUGAUAAUUCGACAGUUGAUGAUGAAUCUGCUGAUGGGGAUUUGCAAGGAAAUAAUCAAAGCUUCGAUGGGAAAGACAGCUCUUUACAAAAUGAUUCGAUAGGAAUAAAUGGAACAGAAAGCUAUGUUUCGACAUUAGGGUAUAAUAAUCACUCGGGAGAUAACUUUGCAGCCUCGCCUGCAGUUCCGCCAACAAGUUCAUCUUCAUUGAUAGUGGGGAAUACAAGUAAUAUUGCUACAAAUACAUCAAGCCACAACGUGUUUGUUGGAUCAAAUGCUCCUAACACUUCUGAUAAACCUGAUAAGAGUGAGAAAACUGAGCAAUGGCGCCGUAAUGACAAUACAUCAAAAAACAAGUCAGUCUCUGAGGAGAAGAAAGUGCCUAAAGCCCCCUUUUCAGGAGUAUAUACAAUAUCUGAGAUGGAUAAUUUGUUGUUUGAAAGUCGCACGUCCAACAGUCCGCUUGUACCAUGGUGGUCUUCAGCUGCUGAUCAGGAACUGCUACAAGCAAAGUUACAGAUCGAGAAUGCACCCGUGAUAGAUAAUGACCCAGAUCUUUACGCUCCUCUGUUUCGAAAUGUUUCCAUUUUCAAAAGGAGCUAUGAACUGAUGGAGAGUACUCUCAAAGUGUACAUUUAUAGAGAAGGAGAGAGACCAAUCUUUCACCAGGGUCCGCUCCAGAGUAUCUAUGCUUCCGAGGGGUGGUUCAUGAAGAUACUAGAAUCAAACAAAAAAUUUGUUACUAAGAACCCAAGAAAAGCUCACCUAUUUUACUUGCCAUUCAGCUCUCGACGAUUGGAAGAGGUCUUAUACGUUCACGACUCACACAACCAUAAGAACCUCAUACAACACCUCAAGAACUACUUGGACUUCAUUGGUGCAAGAUAUCCUUACUGGAACAGAACUGGAGGAGCCGAUCAUUUUCUCGUUGCAUGUCACGACUGGGCACCAGCAGAAACCAGGAAAUAUAUGGCAAGGUGCAUAAGAGCUCUGUGCAACUCCGAUGUCAAAGAAGGUUUUGUUUUUGGCAAGGAUGUAUCUCUUCCCGAAACAUUUGUGCGUGUUGCUCGGAAUCCUCUAAGGGAUGUCGGGGGCAAUCCUCCAUCGAAGAGGCCGAUCCUCGCCUUCUUUGCAGGAAGCAUGCACGGCUACUUACGGUCAAUUCUCCUCGAAUAUUGGGAACGAAAAGACCCCGACAUGAAAAUCUCGGGCCCAAUGCCAAAGGUCAAAGAUGCAAAGAACUACCUGUGGCACAUGAAGAACAGCAAAUACUGCAUCUGUGCCAAAGGUUACGAAGUCAACAGCCCCCGAGUCGUUGAAUCCAUCUUGUACGAAUGUGUUCCUGUGAUCAUUUCGGAUAACUUCGUGCCUCCACUGUUCGAGGUUCUUAACUGGGAAUCAUUUGCAGUUUUCGUUGCGGAAAAAGACAUUCCGAAUCUGAAGAAAAUCCUCCUUUCAAUACCAGAUAAGAGGUAUAGGGAGAUGCAGAUGAGGGUGAAGAAGUUGCAGCCUCAUUUUCUAUGGCAUGCAAAGCCUCAAAAGUAUGAUAUGUUUCAUAUGAUAUUACACUCCAUUUGGUACAACAGACUUUACCAGAUUACACCAAAAUAGUGAUUUUUUUUCAUUCUUCUCUUGUUCGAAUAAGGUGGGAAUUUUUGUAUAAAUCUAAAUUCAUUUUUUUAAAAAGGUUUUAAUGAGCAAAGUUUCUCUGUAAUUAUCAUUUCUUUAUGUUUUCCUCUUUGUAUAGAGAUAGGUUCUGUAUUGUUUUAUUCAUUUAUAGCUGUGUAGACAGACAUAGCAUAUUCUUGUAUUUUUAUUUUUUCUAAGAUCUAUUUUUGUUUUUUCUUUCUAAUUUAGACUAAUUUUUUAAUGAAAAAAUCAUUCUUACUGUUUUUUA